GUUUUCAGAGACACUCCUCAACUGUUCAGGCAGUCUGAGCCUACUACAGAAGAACCUUCAGUUGCAGCACCAUGAACCAAAGUGCUGUUCUUAUUUUCUGCCUUAUCCUUCUGACUCUGAGAGGAACUCAAGAAAUACCUCUCUCUAGGACUACACGCUGUACAUGUAUCAAGAUCAGUGAUCGACCUGUUAAUCCAAGGUCCUUAGAAAAACUUGAAGUGAUUCCUGCAAGUCAAUCUUGCCCACGUGUUGAGAUCAUUGCCACAAUGAAAAAGAAUGGGGAGAAAAGAUGUCUUAAUCCAGAGUCUAAGACCAUCAAGAAUUUACUGAAAGCAAUUAGCAAGGAAAGGUCUAAGAGAUCUCAGACACAGAAAGAGGCAUAAUCACUGCACGACCGAUAAGGAUGGACCACAGAGAAGCUAUUUCUGCCGUCAUUUCCCUACACACAGUAUAUGUCAAGCCCUAAUUGUCCGUGGAUUGCAGUUCUCCUAAAAGGUGACCAACCACAGUCACCAAAUUAGUUGCUACUUCUCCUGCAGGGCGGUAGAUGGCUCAUCAUCCUGAGGUGUUUGGUAGUAACUCUGCCCUGGCACUAUACCAUAAGCUAUGCUGAGGUGCUACGUUCUUCAUGAGUGUGCCAAGCCCUAACCCUGCUACUGACAGCUUCCUCACCUUUUCUAUCCUCUAAAGGGGGUUAUGAAGGGGUCUACCCCUCUGGGCUUCUCAGGGAUCUUAGAAUCUCAAAUAACUAAAAGGUAUUCAAAGCAAUAAUGCAAUCUGCCUUUUAAAGAAAGAUCUUUACUCCACGGGCUUCUACUGCCAUCCCUCCAAGGGGCCCAUAUUCUUCUGGGUGUUAUAUAUAUAAUUCCAAAUACACAGAAGCAGCUAGAAGUAUCUGGAACUGUAUGUGAAGAUAGUAUUAUUUAGUCAAAGACUACACAAAGUAGAAUUCUUAGAUGUAUAUGUUUCUUAUAUUGUUUUCAGUGUUUAUGGAAUAACUUGUGUAAUUAAGUACUGCAAUGGGAGAAAUUUUAAAAUUUAAAUACGUGCUGCAUGUUAUGUAAGACAAAUAUGCUGAAUGCUUUUCAAAAUAAAAGUAAUGUU